AUGGGCAAAUGGAGUUAUCUCAGUCCGCAAAGAAUCAAGCAAAUAAACGAUUAUGGGAGCUUCUUGACGAUAGAACUUUUCGGUGCGAUUGGAGAGGAAAUUGAGUUUACAACUGGACGAUUUUCUGAAAAUGAAGAAAUUCAAAUUGAAGUUCAGUCGAUCAAAUUCGAUCGCUCUCAAAAGAAAAUGCUCUAUUUUUACGAAUAA